AUGUCGCAAAUCAAGACAUUCCGGAUUCUUAUCCUACCAGGAGACCACGUCGGCCCUGAAAUCAUGGCCGAAGCACUGAAAGUCCUCGACGUGAUAGAGACGAGUCGACCCGACAUUCAUUUUGAAAGAGAGACAGACAUCUGUGGUGGCUGUAGUAUCGACAAGCACGGGACGCCAAUUACAGAAUCCGUUCUGGAAAAGGCUAUGUCUAGCGACGCCGUACUUUUCGGCAGCAUUGGCGGUCCAGAAUGGGCAGGAGUCGAGCCAACGCCAGAGUCUGGUCUGUUGCGUCUCCGUCAGCGUCUUGACGCUUUUGCCAAUCUUCGUCCAUGCGAGAUUCUCGUACCUUCCCUCGUUAGUGCAUCACCACUAAAGCCUGACCUCGUGGCGGGGACGAAGUUCAUCGUUGUGAGAGAGAACUGUGGCGGUGCGUACUUUGGAAAGAAAGAAGAAAGUGAGGAUGAAGCUUCCGAUCUUUGGAUUUAUUCCAGAUCCGAAGUUGAGAGACUGGCUCGUGUGAGUGCUGCUGUUGCGAGGAUAUUGCACUCAGGCAGCGAAACACCGAACACCGGAAGCAAGCCGGUUGUUUGGAGCGCUGACAAGGCGAAUGUUCUUGCGAGUGGCAGACUUUGGAGACGCGCAACAACGGAUAUCUUCAAUCGGGAACUUACAGACAUUGACCUCAGACACCAACUCGCUGAUAGUCUGGCGAUGCUGAUGGUCCUUGAUCCGAAGCGUUUCAACAACAGCGUCAUUCACACCGAUAACACUUUUGGAGAUGUCCUUUCUGAUAUUUCCGGAGGUAUCACAGGUACACUUGGAGUUCUCCCAAGCGCAAGCCUUGCUGGUGUCCCUGGAGAAGGAUCUUGUAAAGGAAUAUACGAGCCCGUUCAUGGUAGCGCCCCCGACAUUUCGGGCAAGGACCUUGCGAAUCCCGUGGCGCAAAUCCUGAGUCUGGCUAUGAUGCUUCGCUAUUCGUUCUUGCUAGAGAAGGAAGCGGAUGCCAUUGAACAGGCCGUUGCAAAGGUACUUGAUGUUAAGGAUGGUGGUGGCUUAGAGAUCAGGACAAAAGAUCUUGGUGGAAAUGCAAUGUGCAGUGAAGUCGGAGAUGCAGUUUGCAAGGUUCUUAGAGAUAUCUUGGGAAUUUAA